AUGCAGCGGCGGCAUUUGUGGGACGAGCUGGUGCAGGCCAAGGCGCUCUGUGAUACCGAACUGGACAAGAUUAUUGCCGGCAUCAUGACGUUAUCAGAAGAAGUGCUUGCUCAGCGGCAUGACAGCGACGAGCAGGACCCGGAUGCCACGAGUGUGAUGGUGCCGCUGGACGGACCUAUGCCGCUUACGCCGCUUGAGCGUCUCGCCGCACGCGCCGUGGAGAUUCGCACGACCUCACUGCACACGCUCCUGGAAAAGACGACGCUGUGCAGUGCGGCCAUCGCGUCCGUGCAGGCGCUCGGCACCGUAUGGGACGAGCACACCGAGUGGCCGGGGCGUGGCUGGUACGUGGAGCUGCUGCUCACGCUCGCGGCGCUCAGCCGCGUGCUCGAGUGGUGGGACGCCGAGUACCGGUUCUGGGGCAGUGAGUCGCGGACCGCGUCGCCUGCGACGCGCGCGACGCCGCCCUCCGUUCUCACGCGGGUGAUGACCGAAGAGCCGCAGGCGUUUGACCAAGCGUCACCGCCAGCUGCUCCUGCACCUGGGGAUGCAAAGCUCAGCAACAUCCUCUUGGAGCUGACGCUGGAUCUGCGCAUCCACUUGUCGUGGCAGCGUGUCAUUGGCACGGACGUUGACCAGCUGCUGGAUCGACCGAUCGACCACAUUCUGCCGUCCGGGGGGCGUGCACUGUUUGAGCGUGCGACGCGGCAGCUGCUGGACAGCCCGGGCCACACAGUCGAGGUGGGAAUGGAGGUAAGCGUACCUGGCUCCGAGUCGGCGCAGGCGCCCGUGUUCAUGGUGGCCAAAGGCAUGCUUGUGCACCGCACAAGCACGAGUGAUGCGUCGCAUACCAUGUGGAUGCUCAACCCCGCGCCGUCGAGUGCGUUGCCGACUGGCGACCUGCGCGAUGCGGGAGCGAUCGGUGGCAUACCUGAGGACUUGGACGCCAUCUCUACGGAGCUACUGCUGUGCCGCAUCUGUGAGCGCGAGAUCCCUGCGUGGUUCUUUGCGCAGCACUCGGAGAUCUGUCUCGAGAUGCACCGGCUUGAGCUGCAGCUGAGCACCUGUAACGAGACGCUACAUGAUAUGGCCGAGUGCGCACACAGCGUGCGGGACGCACUCGUGGCGCGGAGCACCCAAGUACCGGCAUUCCGCGGGCAGCCUAUUGAGGCGCCAGCCGAACUCGCGCUGCGCGUCAUCGAUCAGGUCGCGCAUGGGCUCGAGUUGGCGCUGGCGAUUGCCAUGCCGUCACUUCCGGAAGAGGACGAGCUGGGUCGGUCGCGUCUCCUACCGGCAGAGAGCGAGCGCGCUAUGGACCGCGUUCGGCGCUGGCGCCGGCCAACGCCCAGUGAUGCGGCGCUCCAGCUGCUGUGUGCCGAUGCGAUGCAGGCCAUGCAGGACAAGGUGCAUCUGGUGAAUCGCAUCCGCCACACGAUUCUUUAUGUGGAGACGGUGCGCCAGGAAAGUGAGCAAUACGUGGCUGAGCUGCUGGACGGCCAAGACGAGGCGCCUGGCACGCCGCCCGUCGUCGUGGAGCUGGACGCAGCCGAAGACACGCUAGGUGGCGAGAAGAACCUGAUGGUGGACCCGCUAGAUGACGCGUCAGACGACGACCGCUGGUCCGCGUCGCACAGCCGCUCGUCGAUCCCCAUCCCGAUUCCCGGCUCGGCCAAGGCGGUGUCGACGCCGCCGCAGUCGCCGUUUCUCGCGCCUGUGGACACUGGCGGUCUAUCGCGCAGCCUUGCACGCAGUCUCGCACGGAGCCCGCGGCUGGGUGCGACGCCGCACUCGCCACGCAUGCUCCCUGCUGCGCAGCCACGGGCGACAGCUGCGUCGAUCCGGGACUUUGAGCUGCUCAAGCCGAUUAGCAAGGGCGCUUAUGGGUCCGUGUUCCUGGCACGCAAGCGAGCCACGGGCGAUCUAUUUGCGAUUAAGAUGCUGAAAAAGUCAGAUAUGAUUGCGAAGAACCAGAUCACGAAUGUGCGGGCCGAGCGCAUGAUCAUGAUGAACCGCACGCAGUCGCCGUUUGUCGUCAAGCUGUUCUUCACGUUCCAGAGCCCCGAGUUCCUGUACCUGGUCAUGGAGUAUCUCCCCGGCGGCGACUGUGCGUCGCUGGUCAAGGUGUUUGGAGCGCUGCCGCCCGCGUGGACGCAGCAGUACCUGGCAGAGAUGGUGCAGGGCCUCGAGUACCUACACAGCACGGGCGUUGUGCACCGAGACAUGAAGCCGGACAAUCUGCUCAUUGAUCACCACGGGCACCUGAAAUUGACCGACUUUGGCCUGUCCAAGUUUGGUCUGCUUGGGCGCCAUCGGCAGACGGCCGCCGCGCAUGGUUUGCGAGCGCAUGCGACGUGGGCCCAGCCGGGCGUGCGUGCCUCGUCGCCGGUGCCACUUGCGUCUGUGUCGGGUCGGGGACCCGGCACGUCGCACUCGGAGGUGUCGCCUAGCGAAACCGAGUCGUUUUUGCGCAGUAUGGUCACAGAGGCGCCAGCUGGACGGAUUGUCGGUACGCCCGACUACCUGGCGCCCGAGAGCAUAUUGGGUGUCGGCAUGGACGACUUUGGUGUGGACUGGUGGGCCGUGGGUGUGAUCCUGUUCGAGUUUGUGCACGGGCGCCCCCCGUUCCAUGCCGAGACGCCCCCCGAGGUAUUUGACCGGAUCCUGUCGCGCCAGAUCGCAUGGGACUCGGACGCAGAGCUCCCGCCGGGCGCACACGACCUGAUCGACCGGCUGCUGUGUAUGGACCGCCUGCACCGCCUCGGCGCCGGCGGCGUAGAGGAGAUCACGUCGCAUCCGUACUUUGAUGGGAUCGAUUGGGACCACCUCGUGGACCACGAUGGGCCAUUUGUGCCGCAACUCGACGACGCCGCGUCGACGGACUACUUUGACGCACGCGGCGCUGUGCCGCAGCUAUGGCAUGACGAGCCGAUCACGCAGGCCACGCCGACCACGUCAGACACGUCAAGCCCACAGGCAGCGAACGAAUUUGGCUCGUUCAGCUACAAAAACUUGCCUGUGCUCAAGCAGGCGAACGACGAAAUGCUCCGCCGCGUGAUGACGGACAUCCCCGGCCCAGUCUCGCCCGCCGGCAGUGUGUCAUCGCCUGUGCUGCCGCGCAGAUCCAGUGAUAUGCAGCCGGAGCGAAGCGGCGAUGGGCGUACCUCGUCCAUGUCGGGACGCUCCGAGGCACGCACGGAGCGCUGUAUCUUGCUGUCGGACCCGAACCCCGUGUCGCGCCUAGUCCUGCAAUCGAUUGUCUCCGGGACUGGGGCACACGUCAUCACCGCCCACGACAACGUGGACCUAGUACAGCUAGCGAUGGGCGACGCCAAAUACGAUGCUGUGAUGAUCAAGCUGGGAGACGAUGUGGCUGAUGCACAUAAUGCCGCGCGUAUGAUAAAAUCAACGCGUAACAUUAACAGCGCGACGCCGAUUGUGGCACUGUUCAUGGGCGACGUUCCAUUGGAUGCCUCACAGAGCGUCUUUGAUGCGGUGCAGCCGCUCCCAGCGCCGUCUGCAACGAUCGUGCACUUGCUGCAGUCGCUCUACGACCCUUCGCCCGCCCGCUUGCCGGCCGUGGAGGCCUGCCAACUGGCCGUGGCCCAAUUGGCUAUGUAG